AUGGAGAUCGAUGUUACAAAUCUCGGAACACUCACUCCGAUCCAUACGAAUUUCGGUAGUAAUAAAGAUGAUCUUCUCAUAGUCGAAUAUGAUGUACCACAGAGGAAUGUGAAACAGACUCUCUUUUUCAAAUAUGGCCAACUAUCUGUUCCUAAAUGGGCACUGAUCCCGGCUGGAAUUUUAGCAUUUGGCGUCAUAACAGCACUGUGCGCGAUUAUCGUAAAUUCCAUUCUUUCACAAUCCGUGGCGACGGUAACUUAUUCUCAAGAAUGUGGCAAAUUGUCUAAAUGCAAAGAAGGCGUCGGUUUAAUAUGUGGAUCGGCAGGACGAUGCGUAUGUUUAAAUACACAAUAUUGGUACGAGAAUAAAUGCGAUCAGCAACCAACGUAUGGAGAAAAAUGCAACCAAACAAUCGAGUGUCGUACAGAUUUGAAUUUGUUAUGUGCAGAAUUUGACGGUCUAUGCAAUUGUCCAAAUACAAGUAAAGUACAGACGUGCGAUUGUUCUUCGACAUCCUAUUGGACUGGUUCGAGCUGUACGGCACGUAGUAGUGUUCUUGGUUCAUGUAGUGUAGCUAACACGAGUUAUCAAUGUUUAUCAAAUCUUUAUUGCAAUGGAACAAUGUGCAUCUGUGGAGAAAAUACGUAUUAUUGGAAUGAAACUGCUAGUGAAUGUUUUCCAAUUGACAAAUAUAUGGCUGCUUGUGAUGUAGCAACAGCAUAUUCUUGCGACACGAGCGUUGGAUUAUCUUGCGUAGCAGCUGGUCAAGGUUCGCAAUGUCCAUUCAAUGCUACUGCUUCUUGGUCAUGUGACUGCGCCAAUCGAACAUAUUGGAAUGGUGGAUCGUGCGUUAGCAAGAAACUUGUCGAUACAUCCUGCUUUUGGAAUUGCGAAUGUGAUUCCGACCGUGGUCUUUCAUGUCUCAAUAUGACAUGUCUUUGUCCACAAUAUUAUUAUUGGUCGACGGUUGACAACCCACCUGCAUGUGUACUGCAAAAGAACUAUUCGGAAACGCAAUGUUUUAAUACAACUCAAUGUGAUUCUACCCAAGGUUUAACAUGUUAUUUAUCAGGGACAGCAUGUAAUUGUCCAACUACAUCAGUAAUUAAUAUGUGUGAUUGUCUAACAACUCAGUAUUAUGAUUAUAGUCGAUUAUCUUGCCAAAACCUUUUAUUAUACAAUGACAGUUGUACGGCUAAUUAUAUGUGUAACUUAAGUGUAGGUCUCUUCUGUCAAACCUCUGUAAACAAUGCAAACAACUGUUCUUGUCCAGAGCCUAGUCGUGCAAAUAUGUGUGAUUGCAAUGCGUCAUCGUACUGGAAUGGUAUUAAGUGUACACCACGUUUAGCGCCAAAUGUAUCGUGUACCUAUGACUAUGAAUGCCAAUCGGGCUAUAUAUGUUUGGUGAAUGAAACUGAUAACGGCUAUUUCUCUGAUGUAUGUCGAUGUCCAAUAGGACAAUAUUAUGUGAAUGGAAGUGGUUGUGUACCAUCUUUGAAUUAUUCGGACGUUUGCAUUGGAUCGUAUCAAUGCUACGAACUAGCAACACUCUCUUGUCGUUACAACUUUACAAAUUUAACAUGUUUAGUUAGCGGUGAUUUACCUGCAUGUGAUUGCGCAGAUAACUAUUAUUAUAAUAGCUCUGCACGUCGUUGCCUGCCACGCUUGAAUCAAUUUGAAACUUGUCAAUUUACUUGUGAAUGCAAUCCACCAUUCAUAUGUACACUCAACGCCAUGUGUGACUGCGAGUAUUAUUAUAGUUCGAUCAAUCAGACAUGCGUUCGGUAUUUACAAUACGGUGAUAGUUGUCAGAAUACGACUCAAUGCGCAGACACCCCAAAUACAUACAUGACUUGUGAUAACACUAAUACAUGUUCUUGUAAUUCAUCGGGAUAUUGGAAUGGAUCUCAAUGUGUGUUUACUAGUAACUUUCGAAUAUCAUGCACGAAGAACAAAGAUUGUUACGGUGAAUUAAUGUGUCGAAACAUUCCUGGCCUUGGUCUGGGACAAACAUGUUCAUGUCCUGAUAAAACUUAUUUUUCGCCUACUUAUCAAAAUUGUACGCCAUGUACUGGCAGUGAAAAUAAUUAUGACAGAUAUGUGAUUAAUUUUUCUGACCGCGAUGCAUGUGUUGCGAUCUUUGACCCAAAUGGUAUGUCAACUGUAACUUACUCAGGUGCCAACACUGGUUGUGCAGGCCUCACGCCAUAUGGAUCGACUACGACACCAAUCCUAAUUAGCCUUCACAAUGCAACCGAUCUUCUAGCUAUUGGUCAAGUUCUGGACCAGGUCGAUAAUAAGGAUAAAUGCCCUAAUAGACUAUACUAUCUCGGCCUAAACAGUUCUACAUCGAUAUUCUUUGAUGGAACGGCUUAUUUUUCAGUAUUCACAAGUCCCGUUGUAAGUUCAUCACAAUGCCUCACCGCAUGUUUACUUUCUGGCAAGAGGAGUCAGUUAAGCGCAAGUGCUUGCGGUCCGAGUCCCGGAACAAGUUUUGGUGCCAUUUGUGACUAUCGAGUCGACUAA